AUGGCAGACGUGCUGGCUAUUCCAGGGGUGCCGAAGCAAUGGAUGGCCCAUCCGAAGGAGUACGCUGAUGCGUCGCGCGAUCUUAUAUCCGCUUACUCGUCGGACUUCCUGGGGAUCUCAGACGAUUUUGAUAAACAGCUUUCCUCUUCCCCCACCGACUUGUUUUCAUUCUUCCACCCCUACACAUCUGAUUCUUGUUUGGACUUCCAUUUGCUGCAUCACCCUUCCCCAAAAACUCAAACACAACAACGUCCUCGAACGCUUGCUAGAGCCAUGAUGAACCAACAUCGUUUUCAGGGACAUCCCACGACCCUUAUAGAGGACCAGGGCCACUACAUGCCCCUCCGAGUGGAAGAUCCUCAUGCAGCUGCGUAUUCGCAGGACAUGUCUCCAUUCACGGUCCCGCUGGACCUCAACAGCACCCUUUCAAGAAACGGAAGCACUUACUGUGAAUCCGAUCUUGAGUCACUUGAGCACUUUGAUGAGCCUUUCACCACUCGCACUGCGGAUAGGCACGCCGGGCUUGUUCAUCCGACACCACGGAGCAACAUGUUCGCGGCUAAUAAUUCCUUCCUUCUAGGCCCUGAGGAAAGUUCAUCUCUUUCAUCCUUUAGGGUCUCAGAUGUCCCACAGGACGAGCAGGCCUUCUCCAAUACUCAGUUCAAUGUCCCACACCCAAACAUCGCCAACUACCCUAUGAACACACACAUCAGUCCUCACCCACACAACACAUAUCUCACGCCAUCCAUCACCACUGCACGUACAAAGCUUGGGGCCUUCAGUGAAGAUACUCAAUGGGGUGUCUGCCAACCAGCCAACAUGACGGAUAUCUGGUAUCCUACUCGUGACCCCACCGGCUCAUCAGCGGAGAGCGGCUGGAACAACCCCAACGGCUACAGUGCAGCUUGGCCCGUCUCCAAUGCAUAUAAUUUGCCAGACGAUUGUAAUGAGCCUGAGACCCAAGUCUACAGACCGACCCAUGGACUACCCAUGCCCCCCUUUGGGCCUACGCCUCUGGGUUCAGGCCCAACCGGGCCCACGAGCCACAUUUCCCAUUUGCCAGCUUCGGGGACCUACAUAGCCUCCAUUGAGGUACCUCAAUAUCAACCCACAAUGCAUCCUAUGAACGUUCCAAGCGUGCAUGACACAGACUUUGGAUCCCCGGACCAGAAACUCGCAAGCAGCCUCAGUCCUUCCUUCUCCGCCUCAACCAACGAAGAGGGACGAUCCCCUCAGCAGAGCGGAGAAGGCGGUGUUGAAUCUGGCGGGCACUACAGCAACGAGCGGAACACAUUCCUCAUCGACUGCAAGCGCCGUGGGCUAUCAUACAAGGACAUCAAGCGAGUGGGUGGGUUCAAGGAGGCGGAGUCUACACUGCGAGGCCGAUAUCGCACUCUCACCAAGUCUAAAGAUCAGCGAGUGCGAAAGCCUAAAUGGCAGGAGAAGGAUAUCCGACUUCUCUGCCAGGCCGUCAUGAUUCACGCCGAAAGCCCCGACACUUACGGCUCACUGACGAAUGCUAGCAUGAAUAUGAGUGAGCCACCCAAGGUAUCAUGGAAGAAGGUUGCUGAACAUAUCUGGGUGAAUGGGGGAUCUUAUCAUUUUGGCAAUGCCACUUGCAAGAAGAAAUGGUGUGAGAUCCACCACAUCACGCUUUGA